AUGGUCUCCUACGCGGUGAUAUGGCCAAGCAGCAGUAUCGUCCAGGAGUACAUACAAGGUGGGACCACCAUAGAAAACGCGGACUGGGCUAGAGCCACGCGGUUUGGUAUUUUCGGCGCAUUCUUUAUGGCGCCGCUAUUUUAUAGCUGGAUGAAGCUGAGUAGCAAGUUCUUUAUAAAGAAGAAUUUGACUACUGCUGUGACUCGAGCUUUGAUAGAACAAGUGACAUACUCGCCUGCAGCGAUAUCGUACUUCUUCUUCGGGAUGAGCCUUUUGGAAAGGAAGCCAGUUGAAACCUGCGUUAAUGAAGUCAGAGAGAAGUUUUGGCCUACUUACAAAGUUGGCGUGGUGUUCUGGUCAGCGGCGCAGACUAUAAACUUUCAUUUCGUGUCGGAGAAGAAUAGGAUAGUUUUUGUUAGCGUGGCCAGUUUUUUUGGACUGUAUUCAUGGCGCAUGUGA